AUGCCUUUUAAUGCUAUUUGUAGGCUUUGGAAUAAAUUACCUUCAGAGAUUAAAACUUCUUCGACUCCAGGUAAAUUUAGAAGAAGUACUGCGGAGCUGAUGCAUUUUGACCUGAAUUCCACUGAUGAGCGUGUUUCUCCGAUUCCCGUCCGCCCUCCACCAGCCGAUUCCCGUCCGCCCUCCACCAGCCGAUUCCCGUCCGCCCUCCACCACCCGAUUCCCGUCCGCCCUCCACCAGCCGAUUCCCACCCUCCCUCCACCAGCCGAUUCCCGUCCGCCCUCCACCAGCCGAUUCCCGUCCGCCCUCCACCAGCCGAUUCCCGUCCGCCCUCCACCAGCCGAUUCCCACCCUCCCUCCACCAGCCCAUUCCCGUCCGCCCUCCACCAGCCGAUUCCCGUCCGCCCUCCACCAGCCCAUUCCCAUCCUCCCUCCACCAGCCGAUUCCUGUCCGCCCUCCACCAUCCGAUUCCCGUCCGCCCUCCACCAGCCGAUUCCCGUCCGCCCUCCACCAGCCGAUUCCCGUCCGCCCUCCACCAGCCGAUUCCCGUCCGCCCUCCACCAGCCGAUUCCCGUCCGCCCUCCACCAGCCGAUUCCCGUCCGCCCUCCACCAGCCGAUUCCCGUCCGCCCUCCACCAGCCGAUUCCCGUCCUCCCUCCACCAGCCGAUUCCCACCCUCCACAGCCCAUUCCCGUCCGCCCCCUCCACCAGCCGAUUCCCGUCCGCCCUCCACCAGCCGAUUCCCGUCCGCCCUCCACCAGCCGAUUCCCGUCCUCCCUCCACCAGCCGAUUCCCGUCCGCCCUCCACCAGCCCAUUCCCGUCGCCUCCCCAGCCGAUUCCCCUCCGCCCUCCACCAGCCGAUUCCCGUCCGCCCUCCACCAGCCGUCCGCCCUCCACCAGCCCAUUCCCGUCCGCCUUCCACCAGCCGAUUCCCGCCCGCCCUCCACCAGCCGAUUCCCGUCCGCCCUCCACCAGCCGAUUCCCGUCCUCCCCCCACCAGCCCAUUCCCGUCCUCCCUCCACCAGCCCAUUCCCGCCGCCCUCCACCAGCCGAUUCCCGUCCGCCCCACCAGCCGAUUCCCGUCCGCCCUCCACCAGCCGAUUCCCGGCCGCCCUCCACCAGCCGAUUCCCGUCCGCCCUCCACCAGCCGAUUCCCGUCCGCCGGCCACCAGCCGAUUCCCGAAAGACGGCUUCGCGGCGCCUCCUCUCCCCCGGCUUCGCUCCUCCGCCUCGGCCUCGAAAGCGGCUCAGGCGACGCCGACUCCCGGGAGCUGCAGGCGGAGCCGCGCGCCGGGGCUGCAACAUGCAAUUAGGCCAACUUCUUGCCCGCUGCACCUCUGCAAUUAUAUUAUCAUGCCGCAGAAAGUUGAAUGGAAUAUCAAGUUUUCGUUUAUUGAUAUGAUAAUGGAAACUGAUGCUAAAAUCAGGAGCACAGUUUUAUUACAUCAAAAUUCAUAUAUGAUCAAAGAUACCCGCAGAUUGUCUGUGUAG